AUGAAAUCUUCCGAAAGGCCUGAGUUAUCGGUUGGUUACCGUGUGAACAAGUAUGAAAUAACCAAACAUAUUGGUAGAGGUGGCUAUGGAGAUAUUUAUAAUGUUAGAGACCUGAAUAAAAACGUUUAUGCAAUGAAAACAGAAUAUUUAUCAGCAAAAAGAAAAGCACUUCUAUCAGAGAUGUAUUUCCUUGAAAAAUUGCAGGGAUCGGAUUUUUUUCCGAAACUAAUCGAGAAAGGAAAAACAGAAAAAUUUUAUUAUUGUAUUAUGGAACUCUUAGGUCCUUCAUUAUCAAAGAUGAGAAGAUGUUUACCAGAUAGUCAUUAUAAAACUUAUUCCGUUCUGCGUUUAUCCUCAGAAAUGCUUAAAUGUAUUCAAGAAUUUCAUAAUUGCGGUUUUGUUCAUCGUGACAUAAAACCUUCGAACUUUCUAAUACGAGCCAAUCGCGAUCAUCCUAUUUGUUUGAUAGAUUUUGGAUUAUCUGCAUUCUUUAUCAACCCAAAAACCGGAAAACAUAUAGAUUUUGAUCCAAAUUGCGGUUAUGUUGGUACAUGUCGUUAUGCCUCUUUGAACUCUCACUUAGGUUUUUCAUUAUCUCGUCGAGAUGACCUUAUGUCAUGGUUUUACAGCGUUAUUGAGCUUGCUGAAGGUCACGUUCCAUGGCCAGGAAGUAAAGAUAUGGAAUUAUCCGAGAAAUUGAAAACUUUAAUGUCUGCGCAAGAUUUAUGUAAAUCUCUGCCUCCAGAGUUCAUAGAAAUAUACAAAACUAUUCAGAGUCUUCAAUUUGAUGAGACUCCGCCUUAUGAUCAUAUUUUAAUUAUGAUUGAUAACGCAAUCGACAGAUUAUGCCAUCAGCCAAGGUAUUUUGACUGGGAAAAAUUGAGAGCAAAAGAAAUUGCUAAAAUUUCCGAAAUUUCCCUUAAAAUGAGGCCCCCAACUUGUCCUCACAGAAUGUCGGGGUUUGAAUCAAUGCUCCUCUCGGAAGAAGAAGAGGAUAAAAAAGUAGAAUGUGAAUAUUGUGAAAUUGUAUAA